UCUUGGCAUCAACUAUGGCUCCCUUCCUUCUUCUCUUCGUUGCCUUGGCAACGGCGUCUCCGAUGAAGAGGCAGAUGACCGGCGGGCUGGACGCGGAUAUGGACGGUAUGGUCUCCUAUGCUGAGGUGUCCGCCGUCAUGUCCCUGCACGAAGCUCUUGUCGCCCUUGACAGUGAUGGCGACGGCUUCAUCUACCUGCCGCAGAUCGUCGAGCUGUGGGGGUCCGCAGACAAGUUUUACGAACUGAACACCGACGGCGACGAUUACCUGACCUUCAGGGAGAUUGAGAACGGGAUGAGCCUGCAGGACUUCUUCAACGAGUUCGACUCCAACGAUGACGGGAUGCUGGAUGCUAUAGAGGCUUACCAGGUGAACUUCAUCUACGACAUUUGGUACAACAAUGCCGUCGCUGACAACCCGCUGGACUCCAACGGUGACGGCAAGAUCUCCCGGAUGGAAAUCUUGAGCCACAUGACCUACGACGAGGUGCUGAAGGCCUUGGAUGUGGACGGUAACCGAGAACUGACGGCUGUAGAGCUGAAUGUACUGAUGGGCGUCGGAACUACACAGUUCAUAGCUGAUCAGGACAGCAACAAUGACGGAGUGGUUGACUUCCAGGAGGCGUACCUCAACCGUAUGAACCUGCGAAGGAUCUUCAAUAGGCUCGAUUUGGACGAUAGUAACUACCUAGAGAACGGAGAAGGGAGCGGAUUCUACGUUGUGUGGGACGCUAUCGUCAUGAUGGGUGGUGGCACCAACCCCAACGGAAACUAAGAAGGACCCUCUGGUUUCCGGACCGCAGUAGCGGCUGCAAAACAAACAUACGGGAAUAAAAACGCGACCAUAUU